GCGGAGAGAUGGCCCGACUGGAGCGCCGCUUGUCGCGGCUCGAGCAGCACAUGCAGCCGGCAGAAGCCCAGGAGCCAAAGGCGCCGGAGAGGGACGACGAAGAAGAAGUCGACCCGGCCACGAUGCCCACGACCUACGACGCGGCGCUGGAGCUCUCUGGAGGGGAGACGGGACUGCGUGACUACGAGGCCUUCAGCGGGAAGCUGAAGGAGAUCUACGAGCCCAACAAGGAGCUCGUGGAGAUGAUGGGCAAGGACUGGCAGAAGCGGCGCUCCUUUUCCACGAAGAUGAACUAUCAGCCGUAUCAGAACACUUUGGAGGAGCUCUAUGACUUCUGCAAGGAGAGAGCUCCGAUCUUCUUCGCCAAAGUGCGGGCGGUGGCAAAGGGCACCGGCGGCCGGAACGUGCAGCCGAAACUGAAAGGCAUGCCAAGGUGUCGGGACAAAGCGCAGUUCAAGUACAAGGACAAGAAGGGUGAAAUUUCGUGGCACAGAUUGACCGACAUCGUGAGGGAUACCAUCGUUUACAAAAAUCUGCACGACAUGUACAAAGGUCUCCAAGCAAUCCAUGAAGACGAGGAGAUCGACAUCAUCGAGUUUAACGACCGCUAUAUGAACCCGCUCGACGGGUAUCGCGUCAUGGCAGCCGUGUCGGAGCCGGAUGCCGUAGAGAGGUGCCGCAACAUCCUGCAGUGGGGCAAGGACAACCUGGGCUCCAAUGCUGAUGCCGAUCUCCAGGAGAUGCUGAACGACGGCAACAGAGGCCUCCUCCACAAGGACGCCAAAGCCGGCAACGCGCACCUGGUGAGCGUCUUCCUGGACUUCCGCGCGGACGUGAACCGCACUGCACCCAAGACGCGCCGGACGCCCCUGCACGAAGCCAUGGCACAGGGCCACGAGCGGGCCAUGUGGGCCCUUCUCUGUGCUCGCGCCGACCUCCAAGCUCGAGAUAGCGACGGUCAGGUGCCUCUCUUGGACGGCCUGUUGAAGCUUCGCCAGUCGGGAGGCGGCAAGCAUGACAGCACCCUCGAUGAAGGCGUCGCACGCCUCGUGUCGGUGGCCGUCCAAUACGCAGAACGUGGUCUGGAACAGCUGAGCGAGGCGCAGGGUUGCCUGGUUGCUGCCGUGAAGCGCCGGCUGGUUCAAAGCCAGGAUCUCAUCGCAGCCUGCGCCGGCCUUAACGGAGAGUGUGUUGAUGGGAACCUUCCCAAGGUCAAGCAGCUGCUGGCUGAGUGGGCCGACCCGAACACCCCCAGCAGUGCCAAAGACGGGCAUCCACCACUGCACGCAGUGCUGCUGCGACCGCAAGGCCUCCAGCCAGUCCACCUCGACAUCGUGAGGGCUCUGGUGGACAUGGAUGCCAACCUGUCCCUCACCACCACGAUGCCAGCCGGAGAAAUCUCCCGCACCUUCACCCUGGUGCACAGCGCGCUCCACUCGAAGAGUGGCCAGGCGCUGAAGAUUCUGGCGGCUGCCGGUCUUCGGCACGGUGGGAAGUUGCUCAGGGAGGUCCUGGACCAAAAGACCAUGCAAAGCGAGGAGCAGGAGCCUUCGAUCUGGUCGCUGCUGGCAUCUUGGGAGGAGGAGGAGCGGGUGCGCCUGCUGGACGAGUCUCUGGCCUGGUCCUUGCCGGACAUCCUGGCGCUGGGGGCCACUCCUGGUCAGGUCAAGGCCUUGCACCAGAAAGCAGGGCUGGAAACGCCGGAGGAAUUCUUGCGGCAGGUCGUGUUGAAGGGCCUGGGGCCCAAGGAACUGGGAGAGAAGCUCCGAGGCGAGCCCGACUUUCUCACACCCACACUUCCGUUGCCACCCUUCGAUGCUGUGAGAGAGGCCCUGCAGAAGGCCCCAGCGGAUCUUCGGAACGACCGCGACGUGGUCCUGGCCUGCAUCAGCCACGAUGCCGCCUGCUUGGCCGAUGUGUUCGAGGCCCUGCGCUCGGAGCGAUCCUUCCUGCUGGAUGCAGUGCAGCGGCAUCCCCGAGCCCUGGAGUUCGCCGGGGGCUUUCGGGAGGACGGCAGAGUAGGCCUGCAGCUUUGCACCCCAGCUCGAAAGCUCGAAGUCUUCCCAGAAAGACCACAGAGGUUUCGGGCACCUGAGACCACUAAAGCGCGCGAGGACCGCGACUUCGUCGCGGAGCAGCUAGAGGUUGAGUUUUUGGAGUUUUGGGAUGUUGUGGGCAACCGUGACGUGCUGGAGUUCGCUGGCGGCCUGCGCAGCGACCGGCAGCUUGCCUUCGAGGCAUGGAUUGAUGCUGCGGGCUUCAGGGAAGGCAGCUGCGCGUGGUACGGGUACGUUUCUGGCGAGGCUGUGCAGCACGCACCUUGGGCGCUGGACUUGCUCGAUGCCGAGCUCCAACACGACCCGGUGUUGGACUUCCACGCCGUGCAGGCCUUGGCAGGAUGCGGCACUCGAGACGUGGACCUCGCCCAGAUGUCCGAGCUGCGCAGCGUGAAGCACGGCUCGCAGGUGCGCUGCGCCUGCGCCACGGGAGCGAACCGCAUGGCGGUGGGCGGCGGCGAUGGCAGCAUCUGGCUCCACGACCUCGGUGGGACCGGCGAGUCUGCCUCGAAGCUGCUCGGGCACAAGGAGCGUGUGCGCUGCCUGUGUCUGCUGUCCGAGGAGGUCCUGGCCAGCGGGUCCGAUGACCACACGGUCUGGAUUUGGAAUCUGCGCAGCAAGGAGGCCCUCCAGGUGCUCAGCGGACACACGAAGUGGGUGAUGGGCCUGGCGCGGCUCAGUGACACUCAGCUCGCGAGCGCAAGUGAGGACAAGACCAUCCGCUUGUGGAAUGUCUCGAAGCCAGAAGAAGACGGCCGAGUGCUUCAGGGCCACAGAGGCUGGGUGCAGUGCCUGUGCCGCACCAGCGCCGGGAGCCUGGUGAGCGGGAGCGACGACCGGACCCUUCGAGUCUGGAACCCUGACACCGGCGAGGAGCUCCAGGAGCUGCGUGGCCACACAGACGUUGUCAUCUGCCUCUGCCAGGCCUCUGCCGAGGUCCUGGCCAGUGGCAGCGAGGACAAAACCGUGCGCCUCUGGAGCCUCACUAGCUGGACGAGCGUGCGGGUGCUCGAACGCCUCACGGGCCGUGUAUCCUCGCUGUGCCUGUUGGCACCCAACCACCUUGCAGCUGCCGACAGGGAGGGCAGACUCAUCGUCUGGGCGGUGGAGAGCGGGGAGCCUGUGCAUGAGAUCAAGAGUGCCCACAGCGAAGAGAUCAGAGCUUUGACGCUGGCGAAGGUGCGGGGAGAGCCCGUGCUGUGCAGCGGCAGCUCUGACUCGACCCUGAAGCUCUGGCAGCUGCAGGUUCGCACCUUUUGCAGUUCCGGCUUUGAGCUUUGUCACAUGGCCUGGGGCAUCCGCGGCUUCUCGAAGGAUCCCAACGAGCUGCGCAGCGUCAAGCACGACUCGAUCGUGCGCUGCGCCUGCGCUACGGGAGCGAACCGCGUGGCGGUGGGCUGCGAGGAUGGCAGCAUCCUUCUCCACGACCUCGGUGGGACCGGCGAGUCUGUCUCGAAGCUGCUCGGGCACAAGGAAGCUGUGCGCUGCCUGUGUCUGCUGUCCGAGGAGGUCCUGGCGAGCGGGUCCAACGACAACACGAUCCGGAUUUGGAAUCUGCGCAGCAAGGAGGUGCUGCAGGUGCUCAGCGGACACACGAGCCUGGUGCUGGGCCUGGUACGGCUCAAUGACACUCAGCUCGCGAGCGCAAGUUUUGACAGGACCAUCCGCUUGUGGAACCUCGCGGAGCCAGAGGAAGACGGCCGAGUGCUAAAGGGCCACAGCAACUGGGUGCGCUGCCUGUGCCGGACCUCCGCCGGAAGCCUGGUGAGCGGGAGCGACGACGAGACCCUCCGAGUGUGGAAGUCUGACACCGGCGAGGAGGUCCGGGAGCUGCGUGGCCACACAAACUAUGUCAACUGCCUCUGCCAGGCCUCUCCCGAGCUCCUGGCCAGUGGCAGCGCCGACAGAACCGUGCGCCUCUGGGACCUCGCCAGCUGGACGACCGUGCGGGUCCUCGAAGGCCUCACGGGCCGUGUAUCCUCGCUGUGCCUGUUGGCACCCAACCACCUUGCAGCUGCCGACAGGGAGGGCAGACUCAUCGUCUGGGCGGUGGAGAGCGGGGAGCCUGUGCAUGAGAUCAAGAGUGCCCACAGCAAAGAGAUCGGAGCUUUGACGGUGGCGACAGUGCGGGGAGGGCACGUGCUGUGCAGCGGCAGCGAGGACUCGACCCUGAAGCUCUGGCAGCUGCAGGCGGGGGGGAAAGGGAUGAGAGCGGAGGCCAUGAGCUGA